ACGUUGUUGUGUAGACAACAUGAAAGUCUUUGUACUCUUUGUUGCUUUUGUCAUAGCGUCAGAAGCUCUACCUUCCAUGGGUCCGUUGGGCAUGGGCCUGGAUGCUUUUGAUGGAGGUCUGGGUCCUCUAGAAGACAUCGGAGAUGGAUUCGGCUCUGAAUUAGAUGAUAUCAUACAAUCAACUAUUGCUAUGGGUUUAAAUGGAGCUGGUGCCAUGAAUGCUGGACUGACUGCGGCCCAAAAUGGUUUGGGAUAUGCUUUGAAUGGCGGCGUAAAUGGUCUUCUUGGUGGGGUGGCGUUGGGAGCUUUGGGAGCCAGAACGGGACUUCAAGAUAUAUAAAACUGUGUUACCUGCUGUCUAGUGUUUCUAAGAUUAUUAAAUUAGAUUAUGAAUA